AUCCCUAUCACCGGUAUUUAGGUUGUAGUCUUCACUGGAUAGAUUUGUGAAAUCGUUUUACUGUCUAGACGUCAUAAACUGCGAAAUAUUCACUGCCAUCAUGGAUAUUGAAUCUUUGAAGAAGAAAUUAAACUCUCAUGGACAAGAAGAACUUCUUAAAUUUUGGGACACUUUAGGUGAAAAGGAACAAAAAUCAUUGUACGAACAAAUAAGCUCAAUAGACAUCGCACAUGUGGUAGAAUCUUUUAAAACUGUGACAAUUGAAGAUAAGAAUCAUAAUAAAAUUGAUGAUCAAAUGAAACCUGUAUCUCCUGAUGUCUUUGGCAGUUUUGAAAAAUCUGAUGCCAAAACUAGAAGAAAAUAUGAAGAAAGAGGGUUGACGGAAAUCGGUAACAACAAAGUUGGGGUUCUACUGCUAGCUGGGGGACAGGGGACAAGAUUAGGUGUGAACUACCCUAAGGGCAUGGUCAGUGUUGGUUUACCCUCUGGUAAAACUCUUUUUCAAUUACAAGCAGAGCGUCUUUUAAAGUUACAACAACUAGCUGAAGAGUUUUCUGGUCACAAAAAUGUGAUACCUUGGUAUAUAAUGACAAGUGAACAUACAAAAGAACCCACAGAAGCAUAUUUUGAAAAAAACAAAUAUUUUGGUCUUGAGAAAGAGCAUAUAACAAUAUUUGAGCAGAGUAGAUUACCAUGUGUUAGCAAUGAAGGAGAGAUCAUUCUUGAAACACCAAGCAAAAUUGCAAUGGCACCAGAUGGUAAUGGCGGACUUUAUAGGGCAGUAAACAAACACAAAGUAUUAGAUGAUAUGUCAAAACGUGGUGUUCAAUAUGUCCAUGUCUACUGUGUAGAUAAUAUUCUAGUUAAAAUGGCAGAUCCUAUUUUCCUAGGUUUUUGUAUUGGUAAAGAUGCUCGAUGUGGAGCUAAGUCUGUAGUAAAAGAAUUCCCCACAGAGCCAGUAGGUAUUAUAUGUAAUGUUAAUGGUGUUUACCAAGUUGCAGAAUAUAGUGAAAUCAGUACAGAAACUGCUGAAAAGAAAACCGAAGAUGGAAAAUUAGCAUUUAAUGCCGGCAAUAUUUGUAACCAUUUCUUUACACUUGAUUUUCUUAAGGAAGUUGCUAGUCAAGACCAAGAAAAGAAAUUAAAAUAUCAUAUAGCAAAAAAGAAAAUUCCAUAUGUAAAUGAAGAGGGCAAAUCAUGUAAACCAGAAAAACCAAAUGGGAUCAAAAUGGAGAAAUUUGUGUUUGAUGUAUUCCAGUUCUGCACAGACAAAGACUUCGCCGUGUGGGAGGUUUUGAGAGAAGAAGAAUUCUCACCAUUAAAGAAUGCCAACACUGCAGAAAAAGAUAAUGCUACUACUUGUUGUCGUGCAAUUUAUGACUUACAUAUAAAAUAUAUAGAAAGAGCUGGAGGAAAUGUUGUGAAGAAUAACCCUAAAAAAUCUCCAAGUCAUCACAGUGAAAAUGAUGAUUUGAUUGUUUGUGAGAUUUCACCACUCGUGUCUUACGCUGGUGAGGGCCUAGAAAAUCUAGUAAAGGAAAAGACCUUUGUAUCUCCAGUAACUGUCUUUAAAACAUCUGAUGGUACAGCUACAGUUAAAGACAGCUCUGCGUAACUUACUCUUUAGCCUCAUUGAAGAAACUUCUUUUUAUUUCUUUGAAUUUUGCACUGUGAUGAUAACAUUCUGCUUAUAAAUAUUAAUCUAGCCAACCAUUUACAUGGCUGGAAAUAUUAAACAUUAAGACACAUUUUGAUAUAAUCUCAAUCGGGAACAAUUUUGCUGUCUUGUAAUGUAAAUGGUUUACCUUAUAUAAUUGUAACAUAUAUAUUUAUUUAUUAUUUUAACUUAACACAAACAGUAUUUGAAAGUGGUUUACUAAUUAUUCAACAUUUGUGAAUUUAAGAAUUUAUUUUUAUUAUUGAAAUCCCUAUUACAAACUUAACGGAAAAAAGUGAAUUAAGCAUUGGAUUAAGGAAUACUACCUCUUAGAAUGGACAUAAAAUUGCAAGUCUCAAAACUUGGUCAAUAAAAGUAUAUAUUUAUCAGUUAGACCUACCAGGUGCAAUGACUUAAAAAAAA